AUGAGAAGACGUUUCACAAGUCAAAAGAACACAAACGCAAAAGCAGAGAUUACGGUUGGUUAUAAUGUAAAUGAUGAUAAAUCACGAAUUAUUCAAAAUGUUAAAGUUAAUGUUAGUCCUGAAUUAACAAGGUCAGCAACUCAACCAAAUUUAUUAACUCGUGACUUACCGAAAAAGGAGGAGGAGCAAAAUAAAGAAGAUGGAGACCCAAUCAUUUUAGCUGAACCAGGUAAAGAACCUGUUGAAAUUCCCACUUAUCCAACAUACCCAGCACCACUUGAUAACCCAUAUAAAAUAGACAUUAAUUCUGAAUUAAUGAAAAUAUAUCGCGAUAUCAUAACUGAUAAUUAUGAUUCAAUAAUAAAUUUAAUUGACCAAUCCGGUUUAAUUAUUUUACCUUAUGAAUCAUUAAUUCACAUUAUCGCCAUUCUUUGUGAUGUUCAAGAUUCAGACGUGAAGAUUCAAUUUUUCAUAGAUGAUGAGGUUUCAUGCUGCGGAACAGUUGCAAAAAUAAAUCCUAUAAAGGAUAUUAGCACAAUUAAGAUAUCAAAGAACGGAACAACAACUGAACUUCAUUUAACAUAUAAUGAUAUUUAUAAUAAAAUAGUUGAUGAAUAUAAAAUAUCACUUGAAAAAUUCUUUGUUAAGGCUAUUUAA